ACACUUACAGUCGUCAGGGUCCACUAUUCAUAUCACAGCUUGACUCAUAAUGCACAGCAGCCAGGGCGGCGCCUCACUAUAAAGUCUCUACCGCACUUAUUCCCCGACCUCUGAACAUUCCUACUUCUGCUCCGUCGACCACGUCCCAGUCCUGCACGUCUAAACACACUUCAGCAACCAUGCCUUCAGAACUCGAGGGAGCCAUGGAGUCACUUAUCAAGGUGUUCCACCGUUACGCCUCUAAGGACGGCGUACUCUCCCGGCGAGAGCUCAGAGAGUUGAUGGAGAACGAGCUGUCUAACUUCCUUAGGUCUCAGAAGGACCCUGCUGCUGUGGACAAAAUCAUGAAGGACCUGGACACCAACGGUGACGGCAGGGUGGACUUUGAAGAGUUUGUUUCUCUGGUUGUUGGACUUUCCAUUGCCUGUGAGCAGUGCUAUCAGAUUCACAUGAAGAAGACGGGAAAGAAGUAGAAGGCGACAGCGGUGGAGGCUAUAAGAAACCAAAAAGCAUUUCAAUUUUUGUAAAGAUAUUUUUGUCCAUUAAAUACACAGACAAAUUUCAAA